CAGGGGUCCUUUGAUAAGAAAAGAUGUCAUCAGACCUUCACUCCGGAGAUGGCGCGGCGGAGGGGGGGUUCAUCCCCCUGGACAUUGACAACGUCCACAUGCUGCUUCAGGUGGAACAAGAACAAAUUCAGAAAAGGACUUUCACCAACUGGGUCAACGCUCAGCUGACGAAGAGGAGGCCGCCGUCGAAGGUUGGGGAUCUGUUCAAUGAUUUCCGUGACGGCUCAAAACUGUUGGACCUGCUGGAGGUGAUGAGCGGCCAGCGCAUUACUCGGGAGAGAGGCAGAGGAAUGUUUCAGCAGAGGAGCAACAUCGAGAAAGCACUCUACUUUCUUAAAAACAAAUCAAUCAAAUUGGUCAACAUCAACAUUCCUGAUAUCAUUGAUGGUAAACCGUCCAUCAUCCUUGGCCUCAUAUGGACAAUCAUCCUCCAGUAUCAUAUCGAGGAGCUGGCCAGCUGCCUCUCCUUCGACUCCCGUCAGUCAUCCAUGGAAUCUCUAGCCAGUCUGGACACGCGCUCCACCCUUUCAAGCCGCUCAACCAGCAGCAGCCCCGUCCCUCGCAGAGGCUCCCCACUUCACAGCCGCUUCAGGAUUUCUGCCAAGAAGGCUCUGAUGCUCUGGGUCCGGGAGCAGUGCCACAAAGCUGGAUGUUCAAUCAAUGUGAAAGACUUUAAGGCGAGCUGGAGGAGUGGAGUUGUGUUCCUCGCGAUCCUGUACGCCUUACGGCCUGACCUGGUGGACCUAUCAAGAGCCAGAACCAGAAGCAAUAAGCAGAACCUGGAGGAGGCCUUCCACACCGCAGAGAGAGAACUGAAGAUCCCCAGACUGCUGGAUCCUGAAGAUGUGGAUGUUCGGGACCCGGAUGAGAAGUCCAUCAUGACCUACGUAGCUCAGUUCCUGCAGUACUCCAGAGACCUGCCAGCCACGGAUGAGGACAUGCAGACACGAUACCUGACUCCUCCCAAAGGUCCCUCUCCCAUCAACCUGCCUGUCCACUACACUCCUGCUGUCUCUGCCUCACCUCUUCGCCAGGCAACGUCUGAUCGCAAGGCGCAGGAGGUCACAUGCUGGCUUGUUCAGGCCUGUGAUGAGCUGCUGGAGGGCUGGAACUCCACGGAGGGAGAGAGCUACUCAGAGAGAUACCACGUGUUUCAAACCUUCCUGGUGUCCUUCAGUGAGCAGCGGCGGCCCAUCAUGCCGUUGCUGACGGCGAUGAGAAGAACUCCCAAGCUGAGCGGCGAGCAGCAGGCGCUCAGAGAGGCGUGGGACGCCCUCAACCAAAAGAUACGGAAAUACAGAAUUGAGUUAGAUUUUAGUGUUCCGCCCCCCUUGGACAAGGUGGCGCGCUGGCUGUUGAAGGCGGAGGACGUUCUGGGGGAGGGAGGAGACGACCUGCAGGACCACGGCUGUGCUGCUGAGGACGCCAGGGAGAAACAAGAGCUGCUCAAGGUUUGCUUGGAGGAGAUGCCGCAGCAGCUGAAGAGCUUUCAGUCCUUCCAAAACAUGGAUGAACACGGAAACAUGAUGGUUCCCACUGACAAGAUGGACGAGCUAAAGAGGAGGUUCACCAGUGUUAGAGUGACCGCUAAAUACCACAACAUCAAGUUGGAGUACCGAGAGCACCUUCACACCGUUCUGGAUCUGUUGGGGCAGAUCAGGACCAAGCUUCGCAUCUGGAAAAGGCCGUAUAUUUCUCCAGAGGCCGUCAGGCUGUUGCUGCAAGAAUGGCAUGAACUGGUCAACACGCAGGAGUUGCCCUCUUUGCUGGAAGUCGGACUUCGUAAACUGAAGCAAAGUUCUGAGAAAUAUUCAAGCAAAUCUGCACUGGCUGCCGAUUACAAGCAGGUCAGUCAGCAGGUGAAGCAGCUGGAGGAGGAUGCCACUGGGGUUUUGGAUGAAGUGACGACGGCCAAGGGCAUCAUGGGCCGGGUCCUGUCUGCGUGGGACUCGUUCAGCGACUGCUUCAGCUCCCUUCAAGCCUGGCUGGAGCAGGGCUCCGACCGCAGAACAGAGGUGACAUCAGAGUCCAUGGCUGAGUGGGGUGCAAGGCACGUCCACCUGAACGAGAUGGGUAACUUCCUGGUGGAGUCCACGGAUCCUCAGACCAGCAGGAUCUUAGUCGAAGAGCUCCAAAAACUGAACAAACACUGGGCAGAGUUUGUCAAGAGAAACACUUUUGAGGACGCAUCAGAUUCCAGAGCAGAUCUCCAUGUCAACAUCCAGGACCUCCACGCUUUGAUCAGAGAGGCCACAUUGAUUCUCCAGGAGCCCCUGGAGGCGAUGGCGGCUCCUUUACGCACCUACAGGAAAAGAUUGCAGUUCAUACUGCGGAGGCUAAAGGAAGUGGAUCUGGAGGCUCUCCAACCUUCCCCUGAGUGGCCGUCUGAUCAGUUACACAAACUUAGGCUUGGGAUACCCGAAGUGAUGCAGACCUUGUUGGAGGCGGAGCAGGUGUGUGCAGAGCUGCAGCACAGCGUGUCGGGGCUGGACAGCAGAAUAGCUGAACUCCUGCACUGGGAGACCGAGGCCAGAGACCUGUUUCAGCUCCUGAGGGCCACGGAUCGACGACACAAGGGCCAGGACCCCAGAGCCAAGGUGAUCAUUUCCCGUGGUCUCCAACUGGAGGGGCAGGUGGUUACAGAGGAACAAGACCUGCAGGUGAUAGUAAUGACCAAUCAGAAGAACUCCCCCAUCCAGCAUCUCCAUGCCCGUGCCAUCCAGGAACGCGUGCGGGUUGCUGUUGCUCAGUCACAGGAAGCUAUUGGUAUGCUAAGCAGCUUGGGUUCCAGAAGGGAGAGAAGCAGAAGCCCUCCAGGUCCAGGUCCACCAUCAAAGGUCCUAAUCCAGGCUAAAGCCAAGCCUCAACAUCUGAGAGCAUCAGACACUGGAGCGUCAGCUCAGCCGCCGCAGACACAUUUACAACAAUUUGAUGAAACCUUUGUGCCAAAGAUAGUAGUGCAGGAGUACAGAGAGGAAAAGAUGGCUACCCCUCCAUUGCCAAAUCUCUAUGCAGAAGCUGUGAUGCAGACCAGUACCGAGUCAACACCACAGGAAAGAUCACAGGCGUGGCCAUUUACCGUGUCUCAAAAACAAGAGGAGACUCAAGUGCAAGAUCUUGUAUCACAAGAACAGCAAGAGGGACUUAACAGACAGAUCGAGAGGGGAGCAGAAAAGCAAGAGCAGCAAAAGUUCAAGCAUCAGCAACUACAGGAAGAGCGAGAGUUGAUGCCGACACAAGUGCAACCAGUCCAGCUCAAGAAAGAACAAGAACAGCAACGGGCAGAGAAGCAUGAGAGAGAAGUGUGGGAAUCUAGAGUACAGCAGCAAGCAGUUACCAAUGUACAAGUAAAAACAGAAGUUAAACAGAUAACAGAGCACCACGAGCAGACCUCACAUCAACAGCCACCUGCAAAGAAAAUGGCUCUCAGUUCACAGGAUCUCCAAAGCAGAAAGAUCCAGGCCAUGAAGAACCGGCCCUGGCUUCAGAAAACGGCUUUAGGGGAACAGAAAACCACACCUGCAAAACCAAGUUCUUCUCAGGAUACAGUUAAGACUAAAAAGAUCCAACCACAGUCAAACAAACAAACUACAAAAAGUACUCAGGUUUCUGCGCAGCUUGCAUCAAGUACCAGAGCUAACCCUGAGGUACAAGGCAAAGUGACUAAGCCGAUGCAACAUAAGCAAAAAGAACAGCAAAAACCAACGCACUAUUCUCAAAAUCUAGACCAGCAGAAGCAAAAAACCCAACCCCAACAACAAAAGCAGCAGCAAAAAGAAGUGAAAAAACAAAAACCACACUUGGAUGUUAAACAAGCACAGCCAGAUUCAGACACCAAGACUAAAUCCCAGACUGUGCCUCAAACUCAGCUUAACACACAAACAAAGGUUUCAAAUCUGUCGCAACCUAAAACUGUGUCUAAGCUUCAGUCAGCAGUCCAACCACGAACACAGCCCACAAGUGAGUCAAGCUUGUCUACAGAUAACCAACAGCCACCAACACCUCAGUCACAUACAUUAAUUCCUGCACAGCCCCAUGGCCCGGUGAAAGCACAAUCACUGACUCAGACUCAAAGCCAGGCCCAGCAUCAGACCCAGUCCCAAUCAUGUGCUCCAGCUGGACCUCAGCCGCCUCUGCAACAGCAACCUUUUGCCCAUGGGCCAGCUGUUCAGACAUGGGCUCCCAUCAGAGCCUCCUCUCCUAUGCAGACGACCCCUUCUUCGCAUAUCCAGCCUCCUUUGCCUUCCCAGUUUCAACUUCGUGGUCAUGCACAGUCUUGGGCCCCCGUCAGGCCGCCUUCUCCUAAGCCACCAUCACAUGCUCAGCCUGAGGCUUCUGGUCAGACCAUACACUUUAGUCAAACCCAGACUCCACCAAUAGUUGAAUCUCAAAUGUAUCCUCAGUCCAGGGUCCAACAUCCAGCACAGUCUCAGCAAGUUCAAACUCGUACUAUGAGUUAUGGUCAAACUCAUGCUCCGACCACGGCUCCGGUUCAAACCCAAGUUCAACGGCCAUCUCAUCCUCAUUUUAUCAAAGAUCCUGUGACUCAGUCUUCUACUCAUGCGGAAACACCAGUUCCUCAGCAAGGGCUUCCUUCUCGUGGCCACAUGCAGGCUUGGACUCCAGUUCCGGUGCCACCACCAAUGUCUGUUCAGCAUCCCCAGGCUGCAGCUCAACCUCAGCUUCAUGCACAAUACUACUCUCAGUCUCAGAUUUCAUCCCAGCAGUGGUUCGAGAAACAAGAGCCAAAACAUCCACCCUUUCCCCAGCAGGGGCUUCCUAUCCCCCCACCAUACCCCCAGCCAAUGCAUACAACUCCACACGCUCAGAGCUAUGCAACCGCUCAAGCCUUACCACAGUGGGCUCAGCAGGGGCCUCAGAUCGGCAUCCAUGAGUACUCUCCUACGGGGCCACCAUAUGCUCAGCCUCAUAUGCGUCCACAAACACCCACCCAACCCUGGGCUCAAACACAACUCCAGCAAAGCCAACCCACCGCUCAUUCACCCACUCAACCCCAGGCCCAGUCGGUGGCAUUACCCAAACCCCAGGCACCAUUACCACAACAAAUGCAGAUUCACUCACCACCACUACCCAAGACUCAAUCACCGCCACAAGCUCGACCUCAGACUCUUCCCCAGGUAAAAUCUGACACCCCAUCUGCUCCGGAGGCCAAACCUCCUCCAGCCGAGACCACUCCGCCGUCCCAGGGCACUGUGCCACCUCAGAUCCAGGCAGAGUCAUUGGACCUCUCCAUCAAGCCUCCUGUUCUGUCCCAAGCAUCUCCCCAGGCCUACACAGAAGCCUACAAAGAGGCCCAGGCACUGGCCCGGAUUGGAUUUGAGGAGGCCAAGCAUUGCCUCCAGGCACACAUCAUGGAACUAAUCACAGCCUUUAAAGACAAAAGCUUGUCUGCAGAGCAAACAUCAGUUCAAGAGGAGGGUGUGAAAACUCUGGACCCAGACAUGCUGGAGGAGUUCCUGAGGGCGGCUGGAGGCAUGGAGGCCUUCUGCACCCCCCCACAGCUCCGAGACAUGGAGUUCUUCACUCAGUCUGUCAGGACGCAGUGGGAGCAGGCUUGCAUCUCAGCUGACUUUGCCGAGGCGGGCCAGCACUUGGAGGCGUUGAAAGAGUUGUGUGACACCCUGAGCCCCGAGGACGCCCACCGCCUGGCCCGCACCCAGCUCACGGAGUGUGAAAAUAGACUGGCCGCCAUCCAGCGUCAGUUCAGCGGAGAGCAAGACAUGCCGCGUCCUGAAACCACGAUUCAUUAUACUUUCACUGAGGACCUGGCUAUGCAAAAGGAAGCAAAAAUACCAAGGGACACACCUGAGGUUUACGCUGAGGCGCCCCCGGUGGCGGUGCAGGCGACUGCCGAGGAGAGGGAAAAGCAGGCGCCGGCAGAAGUCACCAAAAAGGAAGCUUUUGAUAGAUAUGAAAAUUUUAAGAGGACCCUCCAAGCCCAACUGGCUAAAAAUGAGCUGAGCUUUAAGGAUGUCCCUUCUGAGUCUGUUUCACUGAAAAGUCUGCAUACACGGCUCCAAGAAAUACAGUUCUUGAGGCAGGAGACAGAGUUACUAUGGUCUGAAUAUGCGAGCCAGGUGUCCCAGUUGUCCCAGCUGGGCGAGGAGUGUUCCUGGGAGCAGGAGAGGACGGAGCUGCAGGAACAGUGGUGCAGCCAGCAGACCAACCUGCAGAGGAGGGGCAGCUCGCUGGGCGCCGCCCUCAGGCAGAUCGACUCCACCGAGAACCACAUGGUGGACUUCAGUGACCGUCUGGGCCGUUACCUGAGACAGCCCAAAGAUAUCACUGGCUUCACGCUGGCCAACACAAACAUCCUGAGAGACAUCAAGGACCUGGACGACAGCAUUCAAUAUGAGCUGGACCAGCUGUCCCGACUGGACACUGAAUCCAGUGACCUGGAUCCCAGGGAAUGCUUCCCUCUGAGCCGGGAGGUUGAAACUCACAAAGUAAGUCUGGAUCAGCUCAGACAGCAAGUCCGGAAAAGCGAGGCAGCAGCCCGCGCCCUCGACCGAUUCCUUAUGUCUUUGCGCACCGUAGAUGAAGACAUUUCAGGGAUCCAAGGUGCUCCCUGCAGUGACUCUGUCAUACUACAAGACUGCCGCACCAAGCUGGCUUUGAUCAGACAGAGCAUCGACAGUCUGAAAGAAAAGGCCCCUCAGCUGGAUCUGCUUCUGCAGGGAGCAAGGCUGAGGGUCACGAGGGACGGUGUCCCAGCGUCCUGCUUGGACAUGGUCACUGCCCUGCUGAGAACGCAGGAAGAGGCUGACGUUGGCCUCGCCAGCCAGCAGAGGAGCCUUCAGAAAGAGACUCAAAGCAAAUCCCUGGGCCUGAGGAAGAGAAUGAUCUUGGGGGAGCUCCAGAAGUUGCAGGAGAAAAUUGAAAAAGAAGGCCUGAAAGAGCCCACCAUCCCGGCCGUACAACACAGGCUUCGUGCUCUGUCGGAUCUGGAAGGUCAGCUGCAGAGCCAGCACUCUGAGCUCCAGAGCCUCCUGGAGCUGGAGGAGGAACAGUCGGAAGGGGAAGAUCUCCGUCAGGAGGUGGAGGCGCAGUGGACAGACACCCAGAGGGCUUUCUCAGAGAGGAAGAAUGAGUGCAGCUCUCUGCUGGAGCUUCUGAAGAGGUUUCAGACCUGCCGCAGUCACCUGAGCAACACCAUCCAGAAAGCCGAGCAGACCAUCAGUGACCAGGCUUCCUACAUGGGGAAAGACAACUUACAAAGAAGUAUAACAAAGGUCGGUGACAUUAAGGAGGAGCUGGGUGGUCUCGGCCAGCAGAUGGAGGAGAUGAGGGGAAUCUGCAAGCAGCUCCAGUCCCAACUGAAGAAGCUCCCGGACUGCGGCGAGACGCCUUUUGAAGCUGAAGCUGACGGACUGAUGGACAACUGGCUGGAUAUAACAGAGAAGACGGAUGCCUACAUGGAUAACCUGCGCGUGGGACUGGAGCUGUGGGAGAAGCAGCUGAUGCUGGGGGAGGGCGUGGACGGCUGGGCUGCAGAUAAACUGGCCCUGUUUGCAGAGAGCCACUCCUUCAACGAUGAACAGCAAGUGCUUGACAUGAGGGAUGAGAUCCUUGCCAACGAAGGGAAUAUUGCGUAUUUUCACAAGAAGUCUGUGGAGAUCCAGGAGAUGCUGCAAAGUCAAGAGGCGCCUUUGGAGCUACAAGUGAUGGAGACCCAAUUGAGGAAGAGAAUAGAGCAGGUGAAGGAGUUGUUCACGGACUGCACGGACGUCUUCGAGGAGUUGAUCGCUGUGAGGAAACAUCUAGCUGAGAAGAUAGCGGAGUGCCAGACGGCCAUAGAGAACACCCAAUGUUGCAUCAGUGAGAUCGAUGCUUUGGGGCCCAACGUUGAAGCCCAGAUUCAGGCUCUGCAGGAUACUCUGGGUUCUCAGGAAGAGCAGGCCGAGGCCGUGAUGAAGGAGAUGGGCUUGGUGUCCAGCGUGGCCAGUCCUCGGGUGCUGGAGGAGCUGUCUGCCGACUGCGACAGAAUGAAAACGUGCAUCUCCCGCACCAGAGACAUGAUGCAGCUGAAGAAGGAGGAGCGGGACAAAGGGCUGCUCGCCGUCAUCAACAAAGAAAGACAGUCAUUUGAGGAAUGGUUCCAGGAUCUGCAGGUGUCAGUCAACGAGUGCUUUGAGAGCCCUGAGAGCAGAGCAGACGUGCAGACCUCCGUGCAGAGACUCAUUAGUUUCUUAAAAUCCGAUGACAUGGAGAAACGGCUGGGUGAGCUGAGAGCUCAGCUGGACCGAGGAGGAGAGGAGGUUCCUCCCCAGCAGGUGUCUGAGCUCGGGGACUGGCUGAAGGAGCAGCAGGAGGAGGUGGACUCCUUCAGAACACACUGCCACAGCAGACAGAAGCAACUGGAGUCGCUCCUCAGUGACUUGGACUGUCUGCAGAAGCAGCAUGAUUCCUUUCAUGAGUGGCUUCAAGACAAAGAAAAUCUGUCUGUGGCCUCAGGGAAACAUCUUCAAGAGCUUCAGGAUGAGAGAGCUGAGGCGCUCAGCGAGCUGUUGGCUUCCAUACGCAGACAAGGCGUCCGAGCUGAAAACCUCCUGAAGGACGGUGACAACUUGAUACAACGCUACCGAAACCUGGAGGCUCGGCUGCGGAAACGGGCUGAAGCACAGAGUGCACUGGAAGAGGAAUUCAGCGGGUUUAAGGUCCGGGCCGAGGGCGUCAGGAGAUGGAUCAGGGAACUUUUACAGCCCCUAACUGCUCCUGGAGGCCACCCUGAGACAGAACACAUGAAGCGCACAGCACAGGCAUUUCUAAACUCCAAACCUGAGGGAGACUCUAAAGUGAAUGACCUGAGAGGACAAAUGGAAAUCCUAUGCCAGCAUGAGGACUUUGAGCAGAACGAGAGCUGGAAAGAAGAGGCCCAGUUGUUGGUCAGAGAUACAGAGCAUGAGUGGAGGAGUGCUCUGCAGACCGCUCAGGAGACUCUCAACAAGGCAGAGACACAAGUUCUACUAGACAAACACCUCCAUGCUUUCAAAGCUCAGACGGAAAGUGUUCAGUCCUGGGUAAAAGAUCAGAAUGUGAGCCUGAUGGCUCUCAGUGCUAAUCUGCCAGUUGAAGAAAAGAUACAGAUUACACGAGAUAUUCUGAGCUCCAAGUGUGACGGGGAGUCGAGGCUUCAGGAUCUGGGGCAGCAGUGUCAGACUCUGUGUGACAACCAGGGCAUGAACGAGGACGCCAAGCAGCAGAUUCAUGAUGCCGUCAAGCAGACGCAGGAGCAGUGGCAGCAAGUCUUACAGGCUGCAGAGGAGGCUUUCAAGCAGGCGGAGAGUGAAGCCUCCUCCGAAAAGAAACUCGAUAUAUUCAAAAACCAAAAUGAAACUUUUCAGUCUUGGCUCAGGGAGCAGAAGCAGAAACUGUUGGCUCCUGGUGGCUCUGUGCCUUCUGAAGAGAGAUUGCAGAUUGCACAGGCUGUCAUGACUUCCUCACUUGAAGAAGAGCCCCAGCUGCGAUCCCUGAGGAGACAAGGGGAGAGUCUGUGUGAAGGUCUGGAGGAGAGCAGGAAACCGGAGGUGGAGCAACUGCUCAGAUUCACCGAGCAGCAGUGGACAGCCCUUUUACACGCCGCCAGACAAGCUGAGCUCCGAAGUCUUUUAGACGACUUCAACGCUCAGAGCAAAGACGCCGAGUGCUGGAUUAAGGACAGACAACAGCAACUUCAGUCUGUGGGCGAUCACACACCACCCGAAGACAGGCGGCACGCCGCUCAGGCCAUCUUAAACUCCAGGCCGGAGGGUGACGUGAAGGUAAACAACCUGAGGAGGAGAGGCCAGACCGUGUGCGACCAUCAGGACGCUGAUGGAGACAGGAAAGUCCAGGUCCAGCAGACCGUCAAGGACACGGAGGACCAGUGGAGGACGGUCUUACAGGCCUCCAAACAGGUGGAAGCUGCUGCUACAGCUCAGAUUACCCAGGAAGCCCAGCGGCGACUGUCGGAGCUGAAAGACUUUGAUGCCCAUCAGCAGCAUGUUGACAGCUGGCUUGGGGAGCUGAGGCAGCAGCUGGAUUCUCUGGAGCUCCAGGACACGGCUGAGGACAGACUGCACGCUGCCCAGGCUGUUCUGAACUGCAAGUCUGAAGGAGACGUGAAGCUGCAGAAGGUCAGGAGUCAGGCUCUGAGUCUGUGUUCUCAGGACCUGCAGGAACACAAGAAACUAGAAGUUCAACAACAAGUAAGAGACGCCGAGGAGCAGUGGACAGGAGUCCUGGAGGAGGCCAAGCGAGCGGUGGGUGAAAGCGAGAGGCGGUUGGCUGUGGAAGGCCGGCUGAGGGGCUACGGAGCCCUGCAGGACGACACCAGGAGCUGGCUGGAGGAGAGGCAGCAGAGCCUCCGUUCCCUGGACUGCCAGACUGAUCCAGAACACGCCAUAAACACGGCACAGAACAUCUUGAGCUGCAAGCCUGAAGGAAACUCCAAGCUGGCUGAGCUGAGUAGACGAUGCCAGAGUCUCUGUGACCAGGAGGGCGUGGAGGAGCACACCAAGCAGGAGAUCCAGCAGACGGUGGAGGACUCAGAGGAGCAGUGGAGGACGGUCCUACGGACGGCUGAGAGCCUGGUGGAUGAAGCUGAGGUCCAGUACCAGCUGUCCAGGGAGCUGGAAGCCUUCCGCAGCCAUGCAGGGAGCUCUCAGAGCUGGGUGGAAGACCUGCAGACACAGGCUGAGUCGCUGGCUGGAGGCACGCUGGGCACCCGAGCUCAGCUGGAAGAGAGACGCAACACUGCACAGGCUAUCUUGGGCUCAAAGUCGAAUGGCGAGGCUCAAGUGGCAGAGCUGAGGAGACGCGCGCAGAGUCUCUGUGACCACAAGGACUUGGACAAUGAGAAGAAACUGGAGCUUCAGCAGAUGGUUGCCGACGCAGAAACGCGCUGGACAACACUUGUGCAGGCUGCAGAGGAGGCACACAGCCAGCUGCAGGGUGUGCUGGGACGCCUGGUGUCCUGCCAGCACCAGCAGGACCAGGCUGAGGCCCGGCUGGCUGAGCUCCAGCAGCAGACGUCCAGCCUUCCCAGAGUGUUCCCCUGGCCGGGCCUGGGAGAGCGACGGCAGGCCGUGGAGCAGGCCCGGGCCCUGCUGGACCAAUGCAGCGCUGUGGGCCUCCUGCUCGCAGAGGCAGGCACGCAGGCUGCAGAGCUGUUUGAAAUCACUGGGGACGACAGCUGGACACGUCCGUCCUGGACGGCCAAGGAGGACACCGUCCCCGUCCUGCUGAGGGAGCUCACUGCCGCGGUGUCGGCCCUGGAGGACGGGGUGGUGGCGGAGCGCCAGUGCACGUUGCUGCUGGAGCAGCACGAAGCAGCGCAGGACUGGCUCAGGGAGCAGGUGAAAGGCCUGGCCGCCCCUCCAGCAGACAGACACGCUCUCCACAGCGCUGCCAACAACCUCAAGGCUCUGCUCCAGACGGUGGAGAGGGAACACAGGGAGAUGAAGGAGCUGGAUUGUGCCAGAGACAGUCUGCUGGGCCUGUGCACCCCCGGAGGGCGGGACGCCCUGGGCCUGGAGGUCGGCCAGCUCCACGACCUCUGCGCCGGCUCGGAGCGGGAGCUGCGCGAGCGCCUGGCGGCCUGUGAGGAGCGGUCGGCAGAGCUGGACCGCCAGUCGGCCGCGGUGACCCGCGGGCUGACAGAGAGAGCUGCAGCGCUGCAGUGGGAGCUCCGCUCGCUGGACCAGGCGCUCACGUACACCGAACCACAGGACAACACGGCUCAGCUGCAGCAGCACUGGCACAGCCUGCAGAACUGUGAAAGGUCUCUGGAGGAUCUGGGAAUCAAAGUCCAGGACCUGCAUGGGGAUGUGAGACCGGCGUCUCCCACCAGCGAGCUUCCUGCAGAAAUCCUCAGCGUGGUGGAAUCUUUACGCCAGCAGCAUGCCAGUCUACAGUCCAGACUGAGCGAGCACCAGGGUUCCUGCUCUGCAAACACAGCGGGCUGUCUGAGGGAUUGUCUUCAUGCCCUGCAGCAAUGGAAGCAGCCGCCCCCUGCAGACCCUGCAGCAUCUCUGCAGAUGCUACUAGAAGGUGAGAGGUUGCAGGCCGACCUGCAGAAAGCCCUGUCUCACCGGGAGUUUCUAACAGCCUGUCUGACACCAGGCGUGUUUGAAACACUGCAACAGGAGUGUGCAGAGACACUCAGAGAUGUAGAUGUGCACAAGGCUUCUCUAAAUCUGAGCUUAAAGGAACUUGAUCAAAAGGGCGAAACACAGCCUGAAAUGCAGUCCUCUGAAGUUGUUCUUGGUGAUCUGGAGGAGACAAAGACCUCUUUUGUUGUCCCGCCACGGAAACAGAAACGUUCACUUGAACUUGUUCCAGAGGAGACUCAAAAGGCUCUUUCAGAACAAUGUACGUUUUUGCCACCGAGGCGAAGGUCAAGGAGCUCAAAACACAUUGAACAGCAGGAACUUCAAAUGGAGGAGCAAACGGAAGUGACUGCAGAAACAGAAACCAAAGUGAUACCGGUCAGGAGAAAGUCAAAGAGUCUUGACAUUUUGACAGAUCCAAUGGUGUCUUCGGAAACUGAGAAAGAAACUGCUUUCAGAUCAGAAGUGGUAGCAGAUACAUCUGAAACUGCUGAUGAUCUUAAACCAACCAGUGAAAAGUCAGAGUGUUCAAAUGUUGGACUAGAACAUACUGAUGUAGCAGACUCCAAGGAAGGACUGGACAAUGUACCAACUGUGGAAGAGAUAAGGGAGCAGACUGAGAAUGCUGUUGUUGAGGACAUCAGCCCAGUAGAUGAGAGUAUUGAAACUCUUGAAGAUAAAAUUAUUCAAGAAAAGGAGGUGGCUACGGGCCUUCUUGAAACAAGUGAAAAGUUUGAAAUGACAGUUGGUUUUCAUACUGAGGAAAUGGAAAGCUCAACUGAACCUCUCCAAUCGGAGACUCCUGUGCCUACUGUCAUCAGGCCAUCUCAAACUCCAGACACAGAAAUACCUGAGUCUGAACACAGAUCUGAAGGGGUUUCAGAACAACCUAGCGGCCAGUCUACAAAAGAGGACCUGGGUCCUCCAAUCCAGAGUCCUCUCUCUUUUAAAACGACAGAGAUGGCAAAUGUAGAUGAUUACACUGACAAGAUAUGGGAAAACAAAGCAGAUAUCCAGCAGGGAUUUUUAGUCAGUGAUGUAGUUGAUGUCGAGAUAAAGCGAGAUGAGCCUCUUCCCCCUUCUGACACUGCGGACACACCAAAUAUAGCAGAUUACACUGACAAGCUAUUGGAAAACACAACAGAGGUCAAUACGAGGUAUUUAGUCCUUGAUGUACCUGAUAUAGGGCUCACAGAGACAUGUGAGAUAAAGCAAGCUCAUGAAGAGACUGUAGCCCAAAAGGAUUCCACCACACCAACCUCUGCUGUCUCUACAAAGGACAUGCCUCACGAGGGAAAGACAGAGUUGGAAGAAAUACACCCAUCUGUGGGUGAAGAAAUUAAUCUAAAUGAACCUGUGGGUCAGACAAAGCUAGCUGAACAGGAAACCCUGCAAGAAAGACCUGAAGACAUCAAGGAUCAUCAUGUUGAGGAAAUCCAAGUACCGACAUUUGGUAAAGAUGAUACCCCAGAGAUGCAGGUACAAACAAGGGCUGAAGAAACCAUUUUCCAGAAUGAAAGUCCACCAGAAGUGGACUUUCUCUCUGAAUGUCCAGAGGAACGGGCUCAAACAGACUCUGCUCAUCUCGAGACCCCUGCAUCUGAAGCUUUGCCAGAACAUGAGACAAAAUUGAAAGAAAUAGACAUAUAUGAGCAAGAUCUAGUGAAACCAAGUGAAUCUGAGACUAAAGUUGAGCUUUUCCAACAUGAAGAGGAGAAACAAAAAUCAGUUGGAGAACAAAGUUUCCAGGAUGAUCAUCCUACUUUGCUAACACAUGGUGAGGCCAGUGCACCAGUAAUGCCUAAUGAAGAAGCUACCACACCAGAGAUUCCUCCAGAUGCCCACCAUGAAUUGGAUGAGAGGUCUGUUGCAGAAAAGACUACGUACAAAGGCGAUGAAAUGCCCAGCUUACAGUUAGAUACACAGAAGCAACAAACCACAUCUGUUGCAACUCCAGAAGUGACAAAGACAGAUACGGAUCAAACAAGUACUGAGUGUGAACACACAUCUAAAGAGGUUCUACAACAAACCCUUGCUCACUCUGCUGAAAGAGACUUGGGUACAGACUCUCAAAUGGAGCUUCCUCUCCCUUCUGACACUGCAGACACACCAAAUAUAGCAGAAUACUUGGACACGCUAUGGGAAAACACAACAGAGGUCAAUACGAGAUAUUUAGUCCUUGAUGUACUUGAUACAGGGAUCACAGACACAUGUGAGAUAAAGCAAGCUCAUGAAGAGACUGUAGCCCAAAAGGAUUCCACCACACCAACCUCUGCUGUCUCUACAAAGGACAUGCCUCACGAGGGAAUGACAGAGUUGGCAGAAAUACACCCAUCUGAGGAUGAAGAAAUGAAUCUAAAUGAACCUGUGGGUCAGACAAAGCUAGCUGAACAGGAAACCCUGCAAGAAAGACCUGUAAAUAUCAAGGAUGGUGAUGUUCAGAAAGAGCAGUUUUUUUCUAAAAAUGACAGUGCAGAGAUUCAGGUUGGAACAUCUGUACAAACAGGAUCUGAAGUAUGCAUUCAACAGAGUGAUGUAGCUAUAGGUCCAGUUGAGGACAAUAGCACAUCCGUUGCUUCACUGAAUGAGCCAAGCAUAGAUACCGUUGAAACCAUCAUUCAGAGUGAAAGUGCACAAGAAAGCUGUGUUAAAUCUCAAGGUGAGCAGUCUCAAACAGACUCUGCUCAGCCUGAGCCUCCUGCUUUCAAAGCAUUGCCUGAAUAUACAUCAGAAUUGAUAGAAAUAAGCUUAUUUGAGCAAGAUAUUGGGAAGCCAACACAAUUCAAUGAAGAGCAUUUCACAUUGAAGAAAAUAUAUGGUGGGCCUGAGGUCCAUGUUCUUCAACUUGAUAUACAGAGCAGUUCAAAAGACCAUGAAACAACUUCUGUUGUAAGAGAGGACGAGGCAAGCAUAGACAUACUUCCAAUAAAUCAGAUUGACACGGGGAAGGAAGAGAUUGUGGUCGAUGUUACUGCAGAAAAUGCUGAAAAAGAGAUUAUUAAGAUAAACAUUCAUGAGGAUAAGACUCUUUAUCAAAGCAAUGUGGCUCAAAAGGAUUCGUCUACACUUACCACUCUUGUUUAUGGCCCGGUACAACCAAACGAGGCCACUUUCAUAGACAUAAGCUUAUAUGAAGGAGACAUAGCAAGUCCAGAUCAAACUGAAAGUGAGACAGAACUCUUUAAAACCACAAAGGACAGACCUGCAAAGGGCAAGGAAGAUGAUGUCCAACAAGACAAUCCUGAACUGUCAAACCAAAAGGUUGAUGAUUUUUCCAAGAACCCAGAAGAAAAAUCUGUUCAGAUAGAGACACUCCAGAGGGAGCCUGAAGUGCGUCGUUUACAAAUAGAUGUACCAACAUGGUUUGAAGAGCGUGAAAACACUGAUGAUCCAAUAGUAGACAGAACGGCAUCAGAGAAUGCAGCAGUGCCCCGAGCAGUAACUGACACGAAACCUGAACAGACCAAGGACUACUCUGAGAGUCCCAUCUCUCUCCCGAGUACUGUUGAAGCAACUUCAGAUGUGAUAAAUGAACCAGAAUUGGUCUCAGGCCAGACGCAAACUACUGUUUUGGGACAAUAUGAAGUUUUGCCACCAAGGCGAAAGUCAAGGUAUUCAAAACGUCUACAAAAACACAGUGAAAAGCAGGCCGACCAGAUGGAGGAAGAUGCAGAAGGUCAAACAUUUGUUUUGAGCUCAACAGAACAAAGUAUUGAUGUGGAACCUGAAGAAAACAAGGAAUUCUCCGAGAGCCUGAAAGCUUCUACUCCACAAAUGGAAACAGAACCUUUUGAAACAAUUGAAAUGAAAGAAAACAAACCCCUUCCAACCAGAAGACGAUCCAAAGUUCAAAAGGUCCUACCAGAACAUACUACUGACGAGGUGACAGAAACCAAACAUGAACCUGACAGUCUAAAAUGUUUGGCGGAGAAAACUAAGGUGGCCGUGGAAAAAACUAAAGUUAUACCAGCCAGGAGGAAGUCAAAGAAUCUUGACAUUGUGACACCGUCAGAGCCAAUCCCUGUGGAAAAAGAUGUUGACCCAAAGAUGGCCGUUGGAGAAACAAUAGUUGUACCGGCCAGGAGGAAGUCAAAGAAUCUUGACAUUGUGACACAGUCAGAACCAAUCCCUGGGAGUAAAGAUGUUGACCCAAAGGUGGUUGUGGGAGAAACAAUAGUUAUACCGGCCAGGAGGAAGUCAAAGAAUGUUGACAUUGUGACGCCGUCUGAGCCAAUCCCUGUGAGUAAAGAUGUUGACCCAAAGGAAACCAAACAAGAACCUGAAGAAUAUUCAGCACUCCGGGAGAUCGUUACAGUAGUAAGACCGACUACAUUUGUACCACCCAGAAGAAGGUCAAAGGCUAAAGAGCUUUCCCUCAGUCUUGCCGAGGUACCUCAGAAGAAAGAUGAGUCUGAAGGCCGUCAAUCCUCAGCUGGUGGACUUGAAUUAGUAACUGUAACUUCAGCUCAUGAGGUUCAGCUUGAGGAAUUGGACUGUCCAGUCAGUUCCGUAAUAACAUCUAAAACUUCAGACACAGAAUUAGAGGAGUGUGAACACACAUCUAAAGAGGUUCUACAACAAACCCUUGCCCACUCUGCUGAAAAAGACUUGGAUACAGACUCUCAAAUGGAGCUUCCUCUCCCUUCUGACACUGUGGACACACCAAAUAUAGCAGAAUACACUGACAAGCUAUGGGAAAACACAACAGAGAUCGAUACGAGGUAUUUAGUCCUUGAUGUACUUGAUACAGGGAUCACAGACACAUGUGAGAUAAAGCAAGCUCAUGAAGAGACUGUAGCCCAAAAGGAUCCCACCACACCAACCUCUGCUGUCUCUACAAAGGACAUGCCUCACGAGGGAAUGACAGAGUUGGCAGAAAUACACCCAUCUGAGGAUGAAGAAAUGAAUCUAAAUGAACCUGUGGGUCAGACAAAGCUAGCUGAACAGGAAACCCUGCAAGAAAGACCUGAAGACAUCAAGGAUCAUCAUGUUGAGGAAAUAAAAGUACCAACAUUUGGUAAAGAUGAUACCCCAGAGAUGCAGGUACAAACAAGGGCUGAAGAAACCAUUUUCCAGAAUGAAAGUCCACCAGAAGUGGACUUUCUCUCUGAAUGUCCAGAGGAACGGGCUCAAACAGACUCUGCUCAUCUCGAGACCCCUGCAUCUGAAGCUUUGCCAGAACAUGAGACAAAAUUGAAAGAGAUAGCCAUCUAUGAGCAGGAUAUAGUGAAACCAAGUGAAUCUGAGACUAAGGUGGAGCUCUUACAACAUGAAGCAGAGAAACAAAAAUCUGUUGGAGAACAAAUUUUCCAAGAUGAUCCUCCUACUUUGCUAACACGUGGUGAGGCCAGUGCACCAGUAAUGCCUAAUGAAGAAGCUACCACACCAGAGAUUCCUCCAGAUGCACACCAGGAACUGGAUGAGAGGUCUGUUGCAGAAAAGACUACGUACAAAGGCGAUGAACAACAAACCGCAUCUGUUGCAACUCCAGAAGUGCCAAAGACAGAUACGGAUCAAACAAGUACUGAUUGUGGAGACAUUGUGAAAAAAGAAAACCAGAUUUUUGCUGCUGUAGAUCCUGAAUUGUCUGUAACUGAGGUUAUGGCAAGAGAAGACAAUGACAAAGAAGAAGGAGUAAAAGAACUUGAAAGUUCAGCUGAAUGGUCUGUCUCUGCAGCUAGUGUUCCAGAAGCAAAGCUCUUGUCGUCCACAGAGAAGUCACAAAGCCCUACAGCUUCCCCAGAACCUUCUGACGAGGUGGAACCUCAGGCCAUGGUGGACACACCAAAUAUAGCAGAAUACUUGGACAAGCUAUGGGAAAACACAAAAGAGGUCAAUACGAGAUAUUUAGUCCUUGAUGUACCUGAUAUAGGGAUCACAGGGACAUGUGAGAUAAAGCAAGCUCAUGAAGAGACUGUAGCCCAAAAGGAUUCCACCACACCAACCUGUGCUGUCUCUACAAAGGACAUGCCUCAUGAGGGGAAGACAGAGUUGACAGAAAUACACCCAUCUGAGGAUGAAGAAAGGACUCAGACAGACAUGCAAGAACAUGUUGCUAAGCUCCUGUCUCAGCCCACGGUGGCUCCUAUGAUCCACAUGGAUGAACAAACAAUUACAACGGAGAAGAGUGGUGUACAAGAAGAAGAAACAACGCCUGAAACGGAGGAUGAAGGAAGAGAAAGGACCGUCAGUGCUGAGCUACCGCUCCAAACGACCGAUGACAUGAAUCUUCAGGGAGUGACUUUACCAGAGGAGCCGUUGUCAAGCUGCGACACAGCAUGGGCAGAAUGGCUUCAGGCCGUCGACGAAUCACCCGAUGUUGUCCUGGCGGAAGAACGCGGUGUCGAAGACGUGUCCCCUGAACAAGGACAGGACACACCGGCUGUGGAGACUUCAGCCAUGGAGAGCAUCUUUGCAGAGAUACAGAAGCUCACAGAGGGAGGAGCCAUAAACCAGCUCAUUAAGUCUAAACCGCAGGAGGAGGACGUUACAUCUCUGGUCACGUCUCUCUGUGAUCGGGACUUCCGUCUCAUCAGACUGGUGUCUAGAGUCCUCAGUAUUAAGACGAGUUCUGCUGAGCUGAGCCCGGCAGCCAUGGCCCGCCAGCUGGACGGAGUUCAGGAGUGCAGGGAAGCUCUUCAGCUCCAGGUGUCGAGGUUCUCCCAGCUGAAGGCGGCUGAUGCUGAGAAUCGGGAUGCCCUGGAGCAGUUGGAGAACAGGUGGAGUGCUGCAGAUCAGGAGGCGGCUGCCGUGGUCCAGAUGAAGGAAGAGCAGCUGCAGCUGGUGACGGAUUACUGCAAACUGUUGGAAACAGCAAAGACCACCAUGGAGAGACUGACGUCGGAGCUGGAUACUGUGAAAACGUCCCCACAGGAAAGCAGCCACGAGGAGGCCGAGCAACUGUCCUCCUUAAAGAGAAGCAUGGAGGAAAACAGAACAGUCCUGGGGGAGCUGCUUACGACCUACACCAAGCUGCGUCUCCACCUCAAUCAUUCUAACCAAGAAACUGCACACACAGCGCACAACCACCUCCAGGAGACGUGGAGAGCUCUGGACAGGACCGUCGAGAGCUCCCUCCAUCACACACAUGCCUAUUCUCACCAAGCCCAGCAUCUUCUGUCAGAUCUGUCAGGUCUCCAGGAACACUUGGAGACGAUCAGGAGAGAGCUCAAAGCCUCCAUCUCCUCCACUAAUCUGUGGAACUGCAAGGAGGCGCAGCAUCUGAUGCAGGCCAACGCUGAGAUUAAAGCGGUCCAGCAGCGGUACCGGCAUCUACAACAACUUUCAGACGAGCUGCCGCCGAGCUCACGUUGGGACACGGAAAUAACGGAGAUAAAAAAUGGGCUCCAAGAGAUGAAAGACACACUUUGGCACACGGAGGAACUGUUGUCGUCCCUAACGAAGAAAAGCAGCAACCUGGUCAUGGAGAAGAUUGUUGCUGUGAUGAGCGAUGGCCUCGCGUGGGCCAAACGAACGGAGAGUGACAUCGAAGGCAGGAGGAAGAGGGUGCCUCUUCUUCCUGAGGAUGUUCACCGGCAACUCCGGGAUCUGAAGAAGCUGCAGUCGGAGGUCACGGCCAAACAGGCUCAGCUGGAGUCGCUGGUGGAGGAGGUGACGGAGCUCCUUCCACAGCUGGACCAGGGUGCAGAAGUGCCGGUCAUCAACACGUCCCUAGAACACCUCGAGGAUCUCUCAAAGUCCACGGCCGACAGGCUGUCCAAAGCUGUGAAAGAGACAGAGUCCGGACUCCAAACCAGAGAGAAACUAUCCGAACAGAUGGCCGAUCUAGACGCCUGGAUCGGGGCUUAUCUGCAGUCGGGGGCGUCACAUAGCGCGGAGGACGAGCUCCGGGGCCACGUCGACCUCGAACGCAGACUUCACCAGAUCCAGGAAAUCCUGGCCGAGGCCGAGAAGCAAGCGGCCGUCUCCGAGGCCCUUUUCACGACGAGUAAAGACAUCUCCCCGGAACUCAGCCUGGCGGAAAAGUGCUUCCUUUUCGACAAGAUAAGAGGUUUCCAGGAGGACAUCACAGCCAUUACCAACAAUGAGAAAGCCAAUAAAGAGGAGCUUGAAGAACUCAUUCAGACUAUGGAUGUGAAAAAGAAAGAGCUGAGUACGACUGAACAAAACCUGAGGCAGAUGUUGAUAGAUCUCAGCAAACACCGGUUCCCCAUCACAAGAGAGUCCCUGCAAGCUUUGGAGCCUUUUACUCACAUGGUCCUGGAACACAAGGCCCGGGCCGACCUUCUCAUACCAUGGAUUCCCAGCGAAAAGACAAUUGAACUGAACUCAGUUAUCUCUGAACUUCAAAAUAAGAUUCAUGCCCUGCAAAUGAAAGCCAAAGAACACGGGCACUACCUGAACACGAGGCAGUGUGUGGAGGACGUUGAAGAGCUCAUCCGCGAGCAAGUUCAGCAGACCAAAGACGAAAGCAGAAACCCGGAGGAGAGGUUUGCCAUUUGCCACGGCCUCUUCGUGCAGUUCCCCGUGAUUAAAGACCUGUGUAGAGAAGCCGUCUCCAGACUCCGGGGGAUCUCCGCCGACCUGUAUCCGUCUCAGGUGGCCGCGGAGCAGCAGAGGCUGAAGCAAACCGAGGAGCGGCUGGGCACCUGGGAGAUGGUCCUGGACAACGAUCUCAGACUCAUCGAGCGGAAGGUGCUGGAAGGACUCGACCCCGAACGAGAGGGAAGAGCCACGCGGGCCUUCCUCUCCAGUGCCCACAGACAGCUUCUGGAACCGUCUCUGCUGGAGCCUAAUCCAGAAGCGAUUGACAGAGAUUACCGGAAAGUCGUGUUUCUGAAAAAAACCGUGGAGUCAAGAAUGAGAGUGCUGGAGAUUCUUGAGCAGAUGAAAAGAACAGAAAAUCCUGGAUCUCAAGACCUGCUGGACUUAAAAAGUGCCGUCCUCAGUGAAUGUGACUCGCAAAUGGACAGGAUCUUCCAGGCCAGCGGAUGUUUGCAGAGUUACAGCUCUGCUGUUAAAAGGACAGUCCAGCUCCUGCAGGACGCCGAGGCCUCCCUGCUGCCCCCACACAGCUCCACGGGGCCGUGCUGGGAGGUCCUGGAGAGGACCCAGCGGGCCUCGGCCUCACUGCAGGACCAGUUCCAGGUCCAUGUGGAGCAGCUCCAAGGCCGGGUUGCUUCCCAUGCUAACUUGUGCCCUCAAAAGCUGGAGCAGCUGCAGGAAAAUGUUCUGAGCCAGCUCCUGGUCAGAAUGGCCACAAUCCAGGCCAGGGCCCAGAUCCAGCUGGAGUCUUUCAGCAGUUGUGCAGAAAAACACAUCAGCUACACUAAAUCCCAGGAGGAAAUCAUGCACAGUGUCACGUGUGCAGAGAGCGACCUCUCACAGUUGAUCACUCACCCAGUCACGUGUCUAGCUGACUGCACGGACCAGGAGGGGAAGCUCAGGUCGUUGUCUGAGUCCCUGGAGUCCCUGCUGCAGCAGCUGGAGGAGCUGAGGGAGUGGUGCCCGGAGCAGAGCUGCCGCGGCUGCAGGGAGGCCGCCGGGACCCGGCUCUGCAGAACCGUCUCCAGACUCCGGCGCUGCACACGGGAGCUGGCAGCACGCUGUAAAAACAGAACAGCUGAAUGGGUUAACGUCACUAACAGUGUGGAGGAAGCUUGUGUUACGCUGCAGCAGGUGGAGGAAGAGCUCCCUGACGACUCCUGGGGGGAGGCGUCCUCCGACGACCUUCACGACCUCCUGCAGUCCUGGGAACAGUACCAGCACAGACUGGAGUGUGAACACCGAGCCCUGUCUGGACUGGAACUGCGCACGGCCCGGCUACUGGCGGUCCCCGCCCACUUGGAACAGGCUCCGCUCACCCCCAUCUGUCAGCAGCUGCAGGGGAUGCAGGGCCGGUACCGCAGUGUGCAGCAGAAGAGCGGGGAGGGUUUGCUGGCGGCCCGGCUGGAGCUGGAGGAGAGGGAGAGGGUUCGAGAGGAGCUGCAGUGUCUGCAGGCUUGGCUGGACACUGCAGACGGACUUCUGGCAGACAUGCAGCAAGAAGACACCUGUGCGGGCCUGCAGGAGCUCUGCAGCCAGAUGUCUACCCACAAGGCCUUGCUGCAGCAGCUCAGGGACGACCUGAAGGUCAGGUACUCCGACCUGCACACUCUGGUCCCCGAGGAGAUCAACAGCCUCCUCCAGGAGGUCACGCAGGCACUCCAGCUGGUAGAAGUAAAGGUGUCCGAUGCGCUGGAGAGGAGCGGCCCGGUCCACCGGCUCGGGGCCCAGCUGAGCGGUGUUGGAGCCGGCCUGAGAUCAGUGCAGGAGAGGCUGGAGCAGAGAAGCCCCACGGCUGCUGAGGCCAAGCUCACCCAGAAGCGUGUGUGGGAUGAUCUGGAUCUGUGGCACUCCCGUCUGGCGGCUCUGGAAGUUUCCAUGCAGGACCUGGAGAGUCCCGGGGAGGCCCUGGUCCUCACGGAGAAGCUGCUGGAGGUCCAGCAGCUUCACUCCCAGCUGGCCAAGCAGGCGGAGCAGAGGACCACGCUGCUCAGCAAGGUCCACACGUGGCUGCAGGAGCACCAGGAGAUGAUCAACAGUUCCAGGAGCUGGAUAGCCGAGGCCCAGUCGUGGCUCGCUGCUCCCUGCACCUACACCACCGCCAAAUGUCUGAGCAGCCACGUCCACGCCCUGCAGAUCGUGCUGGACGAUGCGGCCCAGAUCCAGACGUCUCUGCUGAACUUCAGCUCCGUCCUGAGGGAAAUGUCCCAGGUGUGUGACGUCACAGCGCUGCAGCAGCAGCUGGACGAUGCAGAUCUUCAAGUGUCGACUGUUAAAGAGGCUUUUACGUCUCCGCUGGCUCAGCUGGAGCACGCUGCUGCUGAGGUGGAUGCUAUUGAGAGGGAAGUGAGGCAGAUGGAGAGUGAUGUGGCCGACAUCAAGACUUUACUCUCUUCUCCAGAGACGUUCCCCAGCCCCAGGGAGGACGGCCUCAAGAUGAUCGAGCAGCGAAUCCAGUCCAUGAGGACAACGGUAGCCGAGAUCCAGAUCUGUAAGCCCGACCUGUGUCUCCCAGAGAAGGCUGAAGAGACUCUGAGCGUCUUUAGUGUGGUGGACCAGCUGCAGAACCUGCUGCUAGAACUGGAGAAGAAAGUCCCUGCUCUGUUCAUCCAGCUGCCUCCAACUCCACAGUCCACUGAGGACGCUCAGAAGAGUGAGCAGGUCCGAGCUGCUGGUGAGGAGGACGUGCUGCAGAGAUCAGGAGCAAUGCUGCAGACAAUGGAACCAACAACCUCGUCUGCACAGAGACGACCCGGCUCCGGUGGAAGCGCUCAGGUGGUCGUCUCAGACGGAGCUGCAGAGGCUGCACACACGGCAGAGGACCACCAGGAUGUUGACAACUCCACUGACACCGUAGAAGCAAGUUCAUCUGAAGCUUUAUCAAACCCUCUGGGCACGGUCACAACCCAGUCCCCGUCCGGUAGCGUGGUAACCCCCGCACCGGCCGUAACCGCCCCCCAGCACUCUAGGGGGCCGCACAGAUGCGUCGUUAGCGUCUCAGCUCCGCCCCUGCUGCCCUGCGGCCUCCACUUUCUGUCUGUCCCCGUCACCGGAGUCCUGCUGUCCUGCUGCCGCUCCAGGAAGUGUUUUUACCACCUGUGGGUGGAGCAGAGAAAACAACACGGCAGUGAGACCGGGUGUGUUGUGUUUGUGUCCCAGGGAUCCGAGGAGGAGCCCCGGCCCGGGCCCGGCCCUCAUGAAGCUUCCGCCCAUGCGUGUUUGGAAAAGGUGGGCCGGCUGGAGCUGUGGCUGCUGAGAGCCCGGGGGCAGCAGGAAGGAGCCGGCUGCUCGGCAGCCAUGCAGGACAGUGUGGAGCAGCAGCUGCUCACCUGCCAGGAGAUGCUUUCGGAGAUUGAGGAAAAGGUUGCCAGCCUGUCAGCACUGGACCCUGCUGUCGAUCAACAGCAGCCAAAUGAAACAGGAGCUGCUGAAUCCCAGAGGGAGACGGCCGAGGUUCUCGCCUCCAAACUGGAGAGCCUGAAAGCCAACUUGGUCUCCUUCCAGCAGCUGCUGAAGGACAAACACGGCGAGGAGAGGAUGGUCAGCGGGCUGGAGACGCUGGAACAGAUCCCAACAGGUUUAGCAGAACUGUCCGCUUCUGAGCUGGCGCAUGACCUUGAGCCUACGCGGGACCGCGAGCCCAUGUUGAAGCGAAGCAGGAGCGUUCAGGAGCUCUUCUCUUCACCACGAAACCAACUCCGCAGACAAAGUAGCCUGAAACACCAGAAGGAGUUGGAGCAGGAGCUGACGGAGCAGAGAGGACUGACUCAGGCCCUUGCCAGGCAGGCCAGCAGAGUCCGGCUUCACUGUCAGAAUCCGGAGGACGGCGGUCGGCUCUCACCACGGUUGCCUCCCGCUGAGGCUGAUGUGGAGGAGGACUCUGCUCAGAAGAAGUGGGAUCACCUUCACAGUCAGCUGCUUGCUUUAGAGGAGAGCUGGCUGCUUCCUCCAUCUCAGGUGACAGACUCAUCUAUCAAAGGUACUGAUGGAACAGCAGGAUGCGUGAUUGGCACAAAAAACCCCAAAGAGCUCCAAACCCACAUCAGCCAUCUCAGACAGCUUGGACACACAUCUGCAGAGCUCCUGAAUCAGGGAGAGGGAUCCCACCAGGCUCUGGACGAGGCUUUGUUUCAAGUGCUGCAUGAAGCGUCCGAGUCCCUGUCCUCCAUCAGAAACCUGCUGCACUCGCCUGUCGACAUGACGCACGAGGAGGAAACUCAGCCCACACUUCUGCUGCUGCAGAGUCUGUCAGCAGAGCUGGUCACACAGGGCGACGAGCUGGUCUCUCAGGGGUCGAGGGCCAGCCGUCUCUUAGGGUCGGCACGGGCUCAGCGGUGUGUCGACGCUCUGUUCAGAGUCCUUCCUGUCGUCCAAUCUACGCUGAGCUGCACACAGCAGCAGCUCCAAAAGCUGCACGAGGACACGGUGGAGGCAAAGAUCCAGGAGUCUCUGCAGCAGCAGCUUGAGCAGAUGAACGUGCUGCUGGAGGAAACCGGCCAGCGCCCCCCGCCUGCCGCUGCUGCCCAGCAGGUCUCACAUCCACCGGAUGAGGCGGUCCUGGGCGGGGUGCACGGCUCGGACCUGCAGCAGCAGUUUGAGCGGCUGGUCCACAGCUUGCAGGAGCUGCUCCGUCUGGGCUCGCACCGCCUCCAUCAGCCCCACGCCGAGCUGCACAGCAGGGCUCAGCUGCAGCAGCAGCUCAGCAGCCAUACGAAGUUCUUCCAGUUCCUGGGCCAGCAUACUCACAUGCUGCAGUUCCUGACGGACAGAGCAGCAGAUAUUGCAGCGCCCCCUGGGGAGGGGGCUGCGGCAGGCCUGCAGGACCGCGCGGCCCGGCUGCAGCAGCGUGGAAUGGAGGAGGGGCUCAGGAUGCAGGAAACAUUACAGAUGUGGACGCGGUGGGAGGAGGACGGCGUCUGGGCAGACGCCCUACUGAGCAACACGGAAACAUCACUUUCCCAGAUCCAGCAGGGGCGCAGCUCUGAGGAGCAGGAAUCCUGCUGCAAGGAGCUACUUGGCGUUUUGGAGAGCAACAAGGCCCGGUUCAGCCACGUGUUGGAGGCGGGGAGGCGGCUGCAGAGUUUGGGCUGCAGUGUCGUAGGUGCGCACACCUCCAAAAUGGAGUCGCGCUUGAAGACUUUCCACUCCAGGCUGGAGCAGGAACUCGCGGCUGCUGGAAGGAAAAGAAAGCUGAGGAACAGGUUUCUGCGCGACUCCGCCGUGCUGAAGGACUGGAUGACGUCGGCGCGAGAGUCAGUGGACGAGUGGACGCAGCUAACAGCCCCGACCAAUGAGCUGAGGGAUCUUCAUCAGAGGCAGGAGCACUAUCUCCAGUCUGUGGCUUUGACCAAAGCAUUGGAGACCAAAUCUGAACUGAAAGUGUCGGUGAUCAGCACCGGCACCCAGCUGGUUCAGUUGAUGGAGGAAAGGAGAGACUCCAGCGGAGGUGGAGAGGAUGGAGGGAGGAAUCUGUCCCGGACUUCAGACCCAGAUCUGGACUCCAUCAACACUCAGCUCAGACGAAUCGAGCUGGAGUGGUCGGGCCUGGCGGCGGACGUCCCCGUCCUCCAACAGGCUCUGCACAAGGACAUGCAGCAGAUGCAGGACAUGCAGGAGAUACAGGAGAUGCAGGAGAUGCAGGAGAUGCAGGACAUGCAGGAGUUACAGGACAUGCAGGUGAUUCAGGACAUGCAGAAGAUGCAGGAGAUGCAGGAGAUGCAGGACAUGCAGGAGAUGCAGGACAUGCAGGAGAUACAGAAGAUGCAGGACAUGCAGGAGUUACAGGAGAUGCAGGAGAUACAGGACAUGCAGGAGAUGCAGGAGAUGCAGGAGAUACAGGACAUGCAGGAGAUACAGGAGAUGCAGGACAUGCAGGAGAUGCAGGACAUGCAGGAGAUACAGGAGAUGCAGGACAUGCAGGAGAUGCAGGACAUGCAGGAGAUACAGGAUAUGCAGGACAUGCAGGAGAUACAGGAGAUGCAGGAGAUACAGGACAUGCAGGAGAUACAGGAGAUGCAGGAGAUACAGGAGAUGCAGGACAUGCAGGACAUGCAGGAGAUACAGGAGAUGCAGGACAUGCAGGAGAUACAGGAGAUGCAGGACAUGCAGGAAAUACAGGACAUGCAGGACAUGCAGGAGAUACAGGAGAUGCAGGACAUGCAGGAGAUACAGGAGAUGCAGGAGAUGCAGGACAUGCAAGAGAUGCAGGAGAUCAUGUUACAUGUCAGCAAUGAUAAGUUGAGCCCUGGGGGAUGCGGUGGAGCUCAUAACGGGGGCAGGAGAAUACUGUGGAUGGAGGAGCUGCCGACGGAGGCGGCGCUGCAGGUGCUGGAUGCUCAGCUGGUGGAUCUGGAGUCCCAGCUGGAGCAGCAUCGUAGCAUCAACCAGCUCUGCAGCACGGAGGACCUGGCCGCUCUGCUCCGCCGCUGCACGGAGUUGCAGACAGAGAUGUCUGCCCUGCAAUCCACCCUGGACCACAUAGACCAGCGCUUGGAGGCGUGUGAUACCGAGACGUGCCAGAGGGGGCGCUGUGAGAGCAGCCGGUACGCAGAAGAGCAGGGAGGACUCAGCCAGCGGUGGCUCCGUCUGCAGGGACGUCUCCACACGCUGAUGGAGGAGUUGGAGUGCGAGCAGCGGCGGCGGCUGGGAUUGAGCGGCCGCCUGCAGCAGAUCCACCGCUGGAUCCGGGACCAGAGUCUCCGGAUCUCCUCGCUGCAGGACCUGGGCAGCAGGACAGAACUGCAGACGAGCAUCGCCGCCCUGCAGGCUGUGGGGAAGGACGUUGAGCGGAAGCGUGCAGCUCUCCUGGAGUUACGAGAGGAGCAGGAUGAGAGGACGAGAGACUUCAGCCCUCAGAUAGACGCGUCCCUGCAGGCCUGCAAGGAGCUGGAGCAGCAGAAUGAAGCGACGGUCCAGAAGCUGGUUUCUGCGCAGCAACGGUGGGGAAGCAUCGACACCGGGCUCAAGCAUGUGAUGCUGAACACACUCCGGAUAUCCCAGAGCCUGAGUUACCACGGCAACCCUCGGCUCUCACUGCAGGCACAGGAACAUCUCCACCAAGAGCUGCAGCUUCUUCUUGAGAAGACACACACUUCUGAGGAGGAGUGGGAGGACCUGAGUGGAGCAGUGGUGUCCCUGAGAGAACUCGUGAGUCCAGCUGCUGCCGCCAUCCUGGCUGAGCAGCUGGACAGACAGAAGGACAGCUGGACAGAGGCGGUGCAGGCGCUGCAGCAGCAGCUCCGGAGCAGUCAGGAGCUGCUCCGGCUCUGGGACGUCUACGCCCGACUCGCCCGCUCCUUCUCCGAGCGGCUGCAGACGCUCCGGAGGGACGUCACGUCUGAGCUGAGCACCACACCGGGACAGGAAAGCAGCGCGGCCCAGGUCGCCGUGGAGACAGCCAGAGUUCAGAGUCUCCUGGACAAAGCGACUGCGUUGCAGCCGGACCUGGAGCAGGUGAUGGAAGCCUGCAAGGACACGGCCGGCCGCCUGGCACCCGUGGGUGCCGGUCUGGUCCAGUGGGAGAGCCGCCUGUUGUCCCGCGGAGCGCUGCAGAUCAGCCAGCAGCUGCAGGGGAGGCUGGGCACGCUGCAGGAGGAGCUUAACCGGCUGCAGGAGGUGGAACACGUCCUGGGAUCAUUGGAGACCAGUCUGGGAGUGUGGCAGCAGCGCCUGGAGACCGUGGAGACCCUGGAGACCACGGCUGAGCUGGGCCAGUCCAGCCUCCUGGAGCUGAGCGGCCUGUCUGCUGACCUGGACGCGCUGAACGAGCGGUGCCUCGGCCUGACGCUGGGGGACGCCGCGGCGCGCCGCCUGCAGCUCCUCAACCGCUGCUGGACCAGCACCUCCGCUAGAGCCCAGGAAGCCUGCAGUGAGCUGCAGACGGGCGCGUUGCGGCAGCAGACGUUCCAGCAGAAGUGUGAGAGCUGGAUGUCGUUCCUGCAGAGGAUGGAGGACAGUCUUGCUGUGGAGGUUGCAGGCUCUUACCUGGGCCUUCGGGAGCAGCUCUGCACACACAAGCGGUUUCAGGCGGAGCUUUCCAUCGGACACCAGAUUCUGCAUGCGGUCAUCACUGAAGCUCUGCAGCUGCUGCAUAAAGGAGAGGUGGAGGACAGGAGUGACUUCAUCCUGAAGCUGGCUCAGCUGCGAGAGCAGUGGCAGGGCGCGGCGCAGCGCGCCGACCAGCGGCGCUGCCUGGUGGAGGGGCUAGUGAGGCACUGGCACCUGUACAGCCGCAGCCUCAGGAAGCUGCAGAAGUUCCUGUCGGACACGCACGUCCUCCUCCCCGCCGCCGGCCCGGCCCGCGGGAGUCUGCAGCAGCUCCGCCGCUCCCUGCACGACCUCCAGCACACGGAGCUGCUGUUCCAGCGCUACCAGGGCAGCUUCAUCCACACCCUGGAGCUGGGCCGGCAGCUCUUCUCCAUGGGGGACCAGGACACCCAGGCUCUGCUGCAGAGGGACCUGGGGACGCUGCAGGACGACUGGGACCAGCUCCACGGCCUGCUGGCCCGGAGGACGGAUCUCACCCAGGACAUCAUCAAGAACUGGGAGCGCUGUGACGCCAGGCUGGGGGACAGCAUGAUGCAGCUCAAGGACGUGAAGACCAGACUCAACCAGUCCAUGCCGGAGUACGACGCUGACCUGGAGAGAGCAAACCAACUCAACAAGGAGAACGAGGACUCCCUGGAGGACUGGGCUGAGAGCCUGACGGAGCUGAGCACCAUGAAGACGGACCUGUCCCAGUACAUCAUGGGGGAGGACGUGCUGCUGCUGCAGGAGCAGGUGGAGGCGCUGCACUGCCAGUGGGGGGAGCUCUGCUUCCAGGUGUCCCUGCGUAAACAGGAGAUCGCCGACCGCCUGAACGCCUGGAUAAUCUUCAACGAGAAGAAUAAGGAGCUGUGUGAGUGGCUCACCCAGAUGGAGAACCAGGUGGUGCACAGCGCCGACCUGAACAUCGAAGAGAUGGUGGAGAAGCUGAAGAAGGAUUGUAUGGAGGAGAUCAACCUGUUCAGUGAAAAUAAAACGCACCUGAAGCAGCUUGGAGAACAACUCAUCACAGCCAGCAACAAAACCAAGGAGACUGAGAUCAACGACAAGCUCCGAGACGUCAACGCCCGCUGGCAGCACCUGUUUGACCACAUAGAGGCCAGGGUGAGAAAGUUAAAGGAGACCCUGGUGACGGUGCAGCAACUUGAUAAGAACAUGAGCAACCUGCGAACGUGGCUGUCUCGCAUCGAAGCAGAGCUAGCCAAGCCGGUGGUCUACAACGUCUGCCAUGGCGACGAGAUCCAGAGGAAACUGGCUGAGCAGCAGGGGCUGCAGCGGGACAUCGAGCAGCACACCGACAGCGUGGCGUCGGUGCUGACGCUGUGCGACGUCCUGCUCCACGACGCCGAUGCUUGUGGCAGCGACUCCGAAAACGACUCCAUCCAGCAGACCACGCGCAGCUUGGACCGCCGGUGGAGGAACAUCUGCGCCAUGUCCAUGGAGAGGAGGACCAGGAUUGAGGAGACCUGGCGUCUGUGGUGUAAAUUCCUGGACGACUAUUCACGCUUUGAAGACUGGCUGAAGGCGGCGGAGCUCACCGCAGCCAACCCCGAGUCUGCCAACGUGCUCUACACCAGCGCCAAGGAAGAGCUGAAGAGGUUUGAGGCGUUCCAGCGGCAGGUUCAUGAACGCCUGACUCAGCUGGAGCUGGUCAACAAACAGUACCGCCGCCUGGCUCGAGAGAACCGCACCGACGCCGCCAGCAGACUCAAAGACACGGUGCGCGAUGGGAACCAGCGGUGGGACGGCCUGCAGAGGAGAGUGGCAGCUAUACUUCGCAGACUUAAGCACUUUACCUCCCAAAGGGAGGAGUUUGAAGGAACCCGCGAGGGGAUCCUGGUGUGGCUCACGGAGAUGGACCUGCAGCUCACUAACGUGGAGCACUUCUCCGAGAGCGACUUUGAAGAUAAGAUGCGACAGCUAAAUGGCUUCCAGCAGGAGAUCACCCUGAACACCAACAAGAUAGACUCCCUGAUCGUGUUUGGGGAGAACCUGAUCCAGAAGAGUUCUCCUCUGGACGCCGUGCUCAUGGAGGACGAGCUGGAGGAGCUGCACUCCUACUGCCAGGAAGUGUUCGGCCGCGUGGCGCGCUUCCAUCACCGUCUCGUCAACAGGCGGCCGAUUCUGGACGAAGAGAGGGACCUGUCGGACCGGGACACGGACCGGGACACGGACCUGGACGAUUCCCCCGAGGCGACCAGCAGGACUUCCUGGACAGAAGCCGGGAGAAGGGAGGAGGAGGACGACGGCCGAGCGGCGGGGGAAGUCCCCGCCGGACGGCAGGCCAUGUGCCACCUCCUGGUGCCGGCUCCGGAGCGCUCGGGAAGAGAGACCCCCGUCAGCGUGGACUCCAUCCCCCUGGAGUGGGACCACACCGUGGACGUGGGAGGAUCGUCGUCCCACGAGGACGAUGAAGACGCCCCCUUCUUCAGCGCUCUGUCUGUGAGGUCGGUGAACGAGCCACCGAGCUGGCACCAGGACGGAACUCCGGAGAAGAAGAGGGAAGUCCUGCAAGACCUGAGCUCGUCUCUGAAACACGGCGGGACUCCCGCCUUCCGCCCGCAGGGCUACGUGAAGCUGAUGUCAGAGUGCAGCAGCAGCAUCAGCAGCGUGGAGAGGGUUAAACUGAUCCUCAACGAUGACGAGGAUCUGGAAGACGUAGGCCUGAGCGGCCGCGCUGGCGGCCGGCAGACCGGCACAGGUGUGAUCGAGCGCUGGGAGCUCCUGCAAGCACAAAGCUUCCCAGACCAGGCCGUCGUCCAGAAGGACCUGGAGCAGUGGCAGAAGCUCAACUCUGACCUCUGUGAUGUCACUUCCUGGCUGGCCCGGGUGCUGCCGGAGCUGGACCGGCUGCAGCGCAUCGCCCCGUCCACCAGCAUCCGCGACAUCGAGCUCAACAUCCACAAACUUAAGGAGAUGCAGAGAAUGUUCAAUGGCUACAAGUGUCUGAUGAUCUCCGUCAACCUGAGCAGCCGGCACUUCCUGCGGGGCGACGGCGCUGAGCUGCAGCAGCUGCAGCAGCUGCAGGAACUGCAGGAACUGCAGGAGCUGCAGGAGCUGCAGGAGCUGCAGGAGCUGCAGGAGGCCCUGAGCUCAGCCAACCACAGCUGGACGCAGGCCUGCAGCGGCCUGGAGAGCUGGGAGAGGAGGCUGCACGUCGCGCUCAUGCAGUGCCAGGAGUUUCAUGAAACGCUGCACUCCCUGCUGAUGUGGCUGUCUCAGCUGGAGAAGAGACUGCGUGCUGUUGACGUGACGGGCCGGUGGACGCCGCGCUCUGCGCUGCUGCAGCAGCAGGACCAGCUCAUGGCGCUGCAGGACGAGCUGCAGAGCCGGCGACGGCAGGUUUCUGCCCUGCAGGAGAUCUGCUCCCAGCUCCUGCUGGAGGCCACCGGGGAGGAGAGCCUGGAGGCCAAGGAGAAGGUCCACGUGGUCUGCAACAAACUGCAGCUGCUGCUGCGGCAGGUGGCUGCAGCCCUGCUGUCCCUGAAGGAGCAGCUGGUAACCUGCAGCUCCAGCUCUGGGAUGGACGACGCGGCUCUGGGAGAACUCACCUCGGCUCCGUCGCUCCACAAGGAGCAGUCGGGUUUACAGGCAGCUACAACCGGAACACCCGCAGCAACAAGGGAGAAGAAGCAGCAUCCCUCCAGCCGCAGAGACCUGCUGUACCGGGCCUUCCGGGCGGCCUUCCCGCUCCACGUGCUCUUCCUCCUGCUGCUGGUUCUCUUCUGCCUGGUUCCCGUCUCUGACGAGGAUUACAGCUGCACCCUGUCCAACAACUUUGCCCGGUCCUUCUACCCCAUGCUGCACUACACCAACGGCCCUCCGCCCACCUGAGCUGCGGCUGUGGCGGCGCGGUGGUGGCGGCGCGGUGGUGGCGGCGCGCUCCCACACGAACUCUACCCCUCACAUGCGCCGAGGUUCCACCCGGGAUGGACUUGUGUUUUUGACUUUUAGUGUUGUAUUUAAAAAAAAAAAGAAGUAUUUAUUUAUUCACUGCAAAAACUCAAAAUAUUAACAAGAAUAUUUUUGUUAUUUCUAGUGAAAAAAUUUUAACUAGAAAUAAGACAAAUAUUCCUGGUAAGAUUUUGAGUUUUUGCAGUGUUCUUCUAAAUGAGAAGCCAUAUCACCGGUUUGUUUUGAAACGUGUGACCUUUUUAAGAAUCGAUGCUCCUGCUGAUCAGCUCCAUCAAACUGGGUGCAUGGUUCAAUUUUAAUAUGUGUAUUUUGUAUUCUGGCAGCGGUUUGUAGGAUAAUGAAGGACUUAUCACCAAAGUAUCACCUCACAACAACACCAGGCACUUUCUACCAACUGCCACUAUUUUCUAAAUGUUUGAAAUGGCAGGAAGCAGCUUGUUGAGCACCUUUGCACCCUCGUAGACGUAGGCUGCUUGCUUUUUCGUGCAGCUGAAUAAAUCAAACACUUAACCAGCAGAUUAUAUUGUUAUCAUGACUCUUGUACACAGAGAUGAAGUACUGGAAGAGUAAAAGUUAGAUGAGUGUUUGUGAGUUUCCUGAAGGAGGUCUGGGGCUAAGUGACUGGACGACUUAUUGAUUUCAAGUUCAGCACUUUUGUCUUGUGAUCCUGUAAACGUGUUCUGGAGGUUUUCAUAUUUAAACCAGUCAUUGGAUACAAACAAAGAGACAGAGAUCUUCUUCAUCUAUCCAUAUAUAUUUACACCACAGUUUAAAACCAACAUUUAUUGGACUUCCUCUGCUCAUGCAUCAACUUUACAGACAUGGUGUUGGCAGCUGGCAACAACGGCGUACCUACGAGCGUUUCUGGUGCUGCUGCCGCUGGGGUUCAGCAUCCGGACUGUAGACGUUGCGUCUUGUCCUGAAAAAGGAGCUGAAAUUUGUGAUUGGAUUGUUUGAACCCAUCCAGAAUAACCUCAAGGAUCUGAUGUGGCGAGGCUUUUCCAAGGAACGUGGAAAUGGGUUCAUAUCGGAUCAGAGGUGGGGACAGUGGCCGGAACCUCACGCACAUGGGUCAAUGACGAAUAAGGAUUUUCAAAAGGUCCAUUUUAAAAUAAUAAAAAAAAGAAUAUCUAUUGCAGUAGUUCAAACAUUAAGAAUGUUG